AUGGCAAAAAUAAUAGAUAAUUAUAUAUUAAUUGAGGGUAUAGGUUAAGGAACAUUUGGUGAAAUCCAUAAAGGAAGAAAUUUAAUAUCCAAAGAAGCAGUGGCUGUGAAAACUAUUAAAUUGGAUAGAUUUUUAAAUGAUUCAAUAUUGAAGGAUAUGAUAAUAAAUGAAAUCUAAGCAUUAAAAAAAUUAGAGGAUUAAUACAUCGUAAGAAUGAUUAAAAUGCUAAAAUCGGCUAAUAAUAUUUAUUUAGUAUAUGAACACUUAAAUGGGGGAUCGUUAGCAAAUUAUUUAUACGAAAAAGGUAGACUAACAGAAUAAGAAGGAAGAUAAAUUAUGUCCAAUGUAUUUAAGUAUACUUUUAUUAUUAAUAUUUAGAGGUUUUAAGACUUUAAAUCAUGAGAAAAUUAUUCAUAGAAAUAUAAAUCCAAAUAAUUUAUUUUUUAAUGAUGGAAUAGUUAAGAUAAAGAAUUUCUUUUGUUGUAAAUCACCGGCAAGUUAGAAAUUAUUUGAUCCUGGUAUUAUAUAUAUAUUAUAUAGAAAACUUUAUAUACUCUGCUCCUGAAAUAUUGUUAAAAACAUAAUAGCCAUAAUAUGAAGACAAAUGUGAUAUAUUCUCUUUGGGAUUAGUGUUUUAUAAGAUGUUUUUAGGAUAAUUACCAUUCCCAGAAACUUUAACUUAAGAUCAACUUAUUGAUUUAUAUAAAAAUUAGUAAUUCAAUCCAAAUGUUGAAGAUUUAUCAGAGAAUACUGCUUACAUUUUGAAUGGAAUGUUAUAAGUUGAUUAAGCAAGAAGAAUAGAAUGGUAAACUUUAUUUCAUGAAGAUUAAGUACCUACUAUGUCUGGUUUGGUAAAUUCUACCAAUACAAAUUUUGCUUCAAAUUAUUAAAUUAAUUCAUAAGUAUAAUAAUUUGAGACUGGAGGUUAAAAUUUUUAUAUUUCACAAUAAUCUUUAUAAAAUCAUAUAACUACUAGUCCUAAUGAAUUAGUUAAACGAAAAACAAAUGUUUCUGAUAAAGAAAACAUAAAAUUAAAUAAAGAAAAUGAUUAAGCUUAAAUCUUUGCUAAAACAACAGAAAAAGAAUAAAAUCUAUCAUAAUAAUAAUCAUAAUAAUAAACUUUAUAAAUUUAAUAAUCUAAUAUUAAUAGUUCUUCUUAAAAUGUAGUUAAAUAAAUUUAAAAUUAAUUAAGUGAAUUAAGACAUAAAUUUAAUAUAAUAAUACAAGGAACAUGUAAAAUUGAAUAAUUAGAAAAUUGGUCAGCUAAAAUAAAAACAGAAAUCUGCAUGAUAUUCCUAUUAAAAAAAGCAAUUAAAUGCAUAAAUGAAAUGUUAGACAUUUGCUAGAAUACUGAUAGAUAAUGGGCAAUUUCAAAGAAUAAAUCAGAAAUAAUUAAGAUUCUAUAAAAAGACUUUGAUGAUUUAGUUACAAAUUAUAAAUAUGUUAAAUAAAUGGUAUAGAAAUAACUAUCUUAUUGAAUAGAACACUUGUCCACAUGAAGAAUUAAAUACACACGAAAUGAUAGAUGAAUAAUAUGUGGAUAAUGUAUUAAUAAUGAUAGCAAAAUAAAUUGCUAUGGAUUUAGGAUAAAUUCGAUCAAGUAUGAGAAGUAAUUCUUAAAUUAAAAGCAAUGUAAUUUAUAUAUUUUCUAAUUUAAUUAGUCAUUCAAUUAUGAAUAAACUAGUUAGAGGAAUGGCAGUUUUAUUGAAUCAAAAUAAAGUACUUCAAAUUAAUACAUUUUUGCAAUCUUUUUAAUUGAUUUAGUUAAAGGAAUGAAUUUUGAAGAUUAAAAACCUUAUUUUAAAAAGUUAGAAGAAUCAAAAUUACCAGAAUUGUUAGAUUUUAAACUCAAAUCUAUUUGA